CUUCAGACUGACUGACUUCGUUAGCCUGACGUUCUUGGUGCUGCAACAAGGGAGCAACCGAAGCAAGACACGAGAGAAAGAGAGAGAGCCUGAAGUUCGUUCCGUCUGUUCGUUUUGUCGUCUCUCCCUCGCUGGACCCCGUUGCAUACUGCACAACCUCUUUCUCUGACCAGCCGCAGUCAUAGCCAUGGCUUCCGAAUCGCGACUCUACACCUUCUCCCAGGAGACCAAGGACCACCUGCGCAAGUUCCGCCUCGGGACCUCGCGGUCCAAUGAGCCCCAAGCCGUCAUUUACUACAUCGAUAAGAACACGCACGAGAUCCGCCAAGACGACGACAAGGUCGUUUACAAGUCCCUCGACGAGAUCAGCGACGACCUGCCAGACCACAGCCCGCGCUUCGUGCUGCUGAGCUACCCGCUUACACUGCCCUCCGGCCGCCUGUCGGUGCCCUACGUCCUGAUCUACUACCUCCCCAUCACCUGCAACAACGAGAUACGGAUGUUGUACGCCGGCGCCAAGGAGCUGAUGCGGAAUACGAGCGAGGUCGGUCGCGUGAUCGACAUCCAGGACGCUGAGGACCUGGAGGAGAUACCACAGAAGUUGGGUUCUGCGUGAGGGAGACGGGGCUGAGAGCAUGUGCAGAGCAUGCACAUAUCCAUACAUACAUACAUACAGACAGAGAUCAAUGUGUAGGCACAGUCGAGAGGGGGGCCACAGGUUGGUCGCCCGUGAA